CUUUUAAGGAUAAUAAUUUUCCUAAUCUGUUGCAAACUGAAUGGAACAGAAUCCUAUAAAAACCCAACUCAAAACCUUUAUCCGCUGCUGGCCUGCUGCACUUCAAGCCGGCCAUCCCAAUUUAACCUUCAGCAGCACAUAUUGAAGAAGAAGAAGAAGGGGUUUAGGAAUUAGGGUGAUUUGAGAUCCUGCCCGGUCCGACUGAACUAAUCGACCAACAGGGCAAAAGGGAAUAACUCAGGUCUCAAGAGAUAUGGCUUCAAGUCCGAAUUCAGAUUCUGAUGAACUUUCUGCCAAUGCUUCUUCCCUUCCACCAAAAAGCGUAUACAAAGACCCAGAUGAUGGCCGCCAACGGUUCUUGCUUGAAUUGGAAUUCAUUCAAUGUCUUGCCAAUCCCACCUACAUUCACUAUUUGGCUCAGAAUAGAUAUUUUGAAGAUGAAGCAUUUAUUGGAUACUUGAAAUACCUCCAGUACUGGCAACGUCCCGAGUACAUAAAGUUUAUAAUGUACCCACAUUGUCUCUUUUUUCUCGAGAUGCUCCAAAAUCCCACAUUUCGCAGCGCUAUGGCACAUCCAGCCAACAAGGAAUUGGCUCAUAGGCAGCAAUUCUAUUUUUGGAAGAACUAUCGAAACAACAGGUUGAAGCACAUCUUACCAAGGCCACUUCCUGAACCUCCAAGUGCACAAGCAACUUCUGUUCCACCUCUUCUGAAUUUACCAUCAACUGCGCCCCCCACAGCUACAGUAGGUCCCGUUCCUUCUCCAGCUACUGUUUCAUCUCUCUCUACAGUGCAGUAUGCUACCCACCCUGGAUCGUCUUCUAUUGCUAAAAAUGAUACAAGGAACCCUGCUCUUGAAAGAAGAAAGAGAAAGAAAGACGGGUGAUCAGUGAUGUCACUGACAUGUAUGAGAUUAUUGACGGAGAUAAUAUAUGUCAAGGUUGUUAAACUUUGUAUGCUGCUUGCUGCCACUGAAAGACUAAACCUGUGGAAUGAAGACCCUAACACAAUUCAAACUUUAGAAUUCUCUUCAUGCUAUGACUGUACCCAACUGUUCUCCAACUUAGUUUCAGAUCAUAGUUCUUAAAGAGUACUAGUGUACUUCCUUAUCAACAAAAUGUUACACCUGAAUAAAUUUCAGGGGUUUGUAACAUUCAGGGAAAGAUAGUUUGUUGCUCAGUAUUUGUAUCCCGGUUUUUAUUUUUGACCGUUCCAUUAAGUUCAUCGCAUACAAUAUUCGAUUAAUAUUUGGGUGAUCAUAUAUACUUUUU